AUGUCAGAGCUCUUCAAAGACAUCCCGGAGUUCGUCGAGGCCGACAUCGGCGAGUGCCUCGCUGCUAGGACAGAAACACUCGGCUCUUUUAGAGAACUGGGUCCCCCCGAUCUGUGUCACGUAAUAAAGGUGUCCGGAAAGCCUCCUACUCAGAGAGACCUCGGCUCCUAUCACUACUGCUCUGGUGUGGAAGCUUCAUCGUCUGCCUCACUUGCUGCAUACCUCAACUCGCUCCAGUUCUCCAUUGAAGACUCCCAAGCAUGGUUCGGAAAGGGGUCAGCGUGGAAAGUCCGUAGUGGUACUUACUGCUGCUUCAAUGCUUUCUCCAGAGUCGACAUGCGAGUGGAGGCCAACAUCCCAGGUGGUGUUGAAGCGUUCGUCGUGGACCUCCACGGCAAUCGACAUGCCCCUACCCCCGAGCUCUGGCAGGAGACGUAUCUCUCAGCCCUUUUAAGAGCAAUCAGAUAUGCGGACGAUGCGAGCUAUAGGCUGGCGGGCUACAGGAAGCUGGAUCCUAUCACAACGCCCGAGGCGGAAGAGAGGUUUUUGAAGGCUGCAGAGGCGCUGUUCUUCAGAGGUUGGCAGCUGGGGUCAGAUCCGGAAAUCCAGGUCGCCACUGUAGUGACGAAUCACCUGACUUCGGCCAUCAUCAAAUACUUUUCUGAAUCUUUCAGACUGGACCGCGCAGCCAACCUGUUCGAAAGGAUGGUGGUCAAGGAGCCCGAGGUGGCUGCUUUGGUGGCCAAGAGCUACAUCGGUAUGAACGAGGAAAUCAAAGCGGUCAAAAUCAUGAACCUCGCCCUCCAGUCCAAUCCUCAGUCCUACCCCAUUCUCCAUGUUCAGGUCGAUUUCCUCCUCUCCAAACGCAGCUUGGAAUGGGCCCAGAAGGUUGCCCAACAGGCGGUCAACUCGGCGCCCUCAGAAUUCGUCACUUGGGCCAAACUUGCCGAGACAUACAUUGAAUUGGGCCAAUUUGACCAGGCAUUGUUAACUUUGAACUCUUGCCCAAUGUUUACGUAUAACGAAAGGGAUCUGCAUAGGAUGCCAGGGCCCGCAAAGACGCAUCUCCCUGUCAAAAAGUUUAUCGCCGAAUCGAAUCUGCUGGAUGAAGACUCGCCUCGCGAGAACGAGGCAGACGUCGCCCUCUUCCGCCUCCCUGCCCCAAACCUCCGAGGCACCUUUGCCAAAGCUUACUCUCUCCUUACCCUCCUGGUUUCCAAAAUUGGCUGGGACGAGCUCCUCAGAACUAGAUCCUCCGUGUUCGUCAUGGAAGAAGAAUACAGGAUGCACAAGACUGGGCCUUCGGUGGAUGCUGUCGAUGGUGGUGUUGCCGAGGGCGACUUGAGUUCGUCAACCAGAGGAGUAAAGGGGACGUCUUCCGUGGAUAGUGAAAGUGAGACUGCGGCCCCGACUGAAAUACCUACCAUCAGGAUCUCAACCGAGUCCUCUCGUACUCCCAACGUAUCUCAUGCUCGCACACCUUCGCAACUCUCACCCACCAAAGAAGAAGAGUCUGAGGAUGCGAAUAGCGACGACGCGGCAGAGAUGGACGAGCCGUCUUUGGAGAAGCCUGAGACGGCCCAAGCGAACGAAGAGUCACAUGGGUUGAAAGGCGAGGGCGAGGCGCCUGCUUCUUCACCAUUUUCCAACAAGAGACUUUGUGAGCGCUGGUUGGAUAACCUCUUCAUUGUCUUGUAUGAGGACCUCCGCGUUUACACAAUAUGGCGCGCCGAAAUUUCCCACUUUAAGACUCAACACAUGUCCUACCGCAAAACCGGCACCGAAUGGGAGAUUUUGGGCGAGCUUGCAUGGCGAUUGCAUCACAAGGAAGAAGCCAAGGAUGCUUAUCAGAGAUGUUUGGAUAGCAAGUUUAGUGCAAAGGCGCUUAUGAAGUUGCUGGAGGUAUAUGCGAAUGAGGGAGAUCUGGCGAAGAGCUUGACAGCUGCUGUGAGACUCACUACUUAUCAUCACCGAUGGUACAUGGAUGCCGCUUAUCCUUCACUCGUCGCACAUUACCUGUACAAGCUGGGACUUACCCAUGGCCAUGCCAAGAUACAAUACUCUCUUCUCAGUAUGAACUUGCCCGUGGGUAUCUUCGAGAUCAUGCAGCCAUACAUGAAGUAUGCCACCGUAUUCAAUGUCGCAACUGAAACUCCCGGCGCUGGGCCGUCCAGACUGCCGCUGUCUGUCGAGCCCGAGCUCGAGGAGGCGUAUGAGGAGGAGUUGGAUCUGAAUGAAAGCCAAGAAGAAGCAGACAGAGAAGCAUUCCUCAAGAGGAAGAACGAUUACAUUGAAUUACAGCACUCUGUGGAGUCAAGUGACGAGCUCUUAUCUUCAUUAGCUUCGUAUCUUUCGACGUUCCAAACCGAUCUGUCAGCUGUGUCGGGACAGAUAUCCGAGCUGCAAGGCAAGAGCUCCGAGAUAGAAGGGCGUCUGAAUGGUCGCAAGGCAGUCAUACCGGCCCUCAAUCGUCUGUUGGCCGAUAUCAGUCUACCACCUGCUCUGGUCCUCACUCUCCGAGACACCGUUCCAGCCCAGAAUCCCGAUCUCUGGCUGUCAGCCAUCACUCAGCUGGACGAGAAGCUUGUCACCCUUCGAAUGAGAUCCGCCAAAGUCCAGGCUGCCUCGGAGCUACAGCCUGUGGUAGACGGGCUUCGGAUCAAAGCUCUGAAUGUUCUGCCUCCAUUCCUGUUGAGUUUGAUCAAGCCGCUCAAGAGCGCAUCCAAAGGGCUGUCGACAAAUCUCGCCGUCCUCCAGACGUCAUUGCUCCUCAAAUAUCAGCCCUUUUACGCCUUUCUUUAUCGCCACUCGCCUAGAAUAGCAAAACAGGUCGAACGAGGCUAUGUCAAUGCUGCGAGAUCAUACUACGAAACGGCCUUCCGCCGGUAUGCUCGAUCAUUGACGCAGAUUCGCACGAGGAGUCCCGAGAAGAAUGAGCUUAUAGGUGCUGUCAGUGGAGAGGCCUUGCUGAGUGGAGAAAAGGAGGGAUUAUCGGAAGCUUACGAAAGGUUGGGGUACGCGGAAGUUGGAGAAGGAGGAGUUGUCUUGAGUUUCAUGGCCGAUGACAAGGACUAUAAACUCCCAGUGGAGGCUCUGUUCCGGUCAUUGAGUCUCGUCCUACUCGAUAAUGCCUCUGCAGAGUUCACAUUCAUUGUUCGGUUCUUCUCUCCCCCCGCUCUGCAAUCCCAGCCUCCUUCUUCCGACCGCCUCAAUGCGCUCUCCCCGUCAUCGACGCCUCUCGAAUCACCUUCCGCUUCAUUUGUUGAUAUCACUUCUGAAGCAGGCGGACGGGGAACUCCCAAGAAGCGGCCGAAUGGCCACACACCUGAUAAUAACAGUGAAGGGCUCAAAGAGGCGGAAAGGAUCUGGCACGAAGUCUUUGACUCUGCCCUCGAAUCAACUUCCCAAUUCUACCAGUUCAUCCUCUCCCCUUCUCCCCCGGCCAUCCCUCUUCUCACUAUCAUCCGCCUCAAUGAUCGUCUCCUCAAUAUUGCGUCCCUCCGGGGGACCAUCCCUCUUGAUUCGUACCUCACUGCACAAAAGCUUUCCUUGUGGCCAGUAUUCAGAAAAGAGAUGGACCAGCAUGUGGAUAGCCUGAAAAGGAUGGCGGACGAUGCUGAGGGGAAAGGCUUCGCUGGUCUUGUGAAGGCUGGGGUCAAGAACCGAGCUGUCAGAAAGGUUGCGGGAAGGUAUGCGGGGAUGUUUGGCUGUAUUCUAGGCCUGAGCGAGGAAAGUGACGAAGCAAUGUUGUUUUCCAGCAUGACCCGCCUUCGGAAUGAGCUCGUCCGUCUGGUCCAGAACCAGUCUCUCAAGAUCAAAUCUCUUCCCGAGCGUAAUUCGUUUGUAUCGUCAAUCUACGAGAUUGUCAUGCACGAGCUCGUCUCGGGUCCAGGACCAACGACCCACCCGCGGCUGCAAAGCGAGCUCUCAUUCUUCCGGACGAGGGAGGAGGAAGCACGGAGGAAAAUUGGGAGUGAGUGA